AUGGCUUCGCUCCGCGUGGAGCUCCCAGCGACUCGCGCCGGGCGGGCGGCCGCGCUCCGCCUCCUGCUCCUGCUGAGCGUUGUCCUGAAGCCCCAGGAGUCCCUGGCGCAGCCUCUAACCACCUCAGACAGCUUGGAGUCAGGUGGGUGCCCUGAUUCUGGGGGUGGCAUGGUGCAGAAAUAUGAGACAAAUGUCCACAUUUGCUGGCUAAGGUAUAAGAAGUAUAUGGAACAUCUGAAAAAGGAUUGGUGUGACUGGGCCAUGAUUAAAAGGCCCUAUAGUGCCCUUCAAAACUGCUUGGAGUCCCAUGCUGAGGAGUUUGGCCUGGGCUUCCCCAAUCGCUGGGCAGAAAGAGUCAUCUUUAAAACUCACCAGAUACACUUUGCCAACUGCUCCCUGCUUCGGUCCACCCUAAGUGACCCCCCAGAGGAUGUGCUCCUGGCCAUGAUCAUGGCCCCUAUCUGUCUGAUUCCCUUCCUGGUCACCCUUGUGGUGUGGCGGAGUAAAGACAGUGAGGCCCAGGCCUAG